UUUUUCGAGUUUGAAUCUUGAAGCAGAAAAGCAACAAAAACAAAUCCUUCGUGAGAUCGAUGUGCCGUGCGUGCUAAAACGGUGCUCCUGUUCGCCGAAUCCAAGUGAGGGUUUACGGCCGCUACAGCUGCCGCUCAUCAAAGCUGAAGACGCGGGUCGAUCUGAAAAUACGUCGUAGAUGAAAACGGAGGAGCGACGUUUCGUACAUAAUGUAAGAGUACCGGAUACCGAAGCGAGAGCAUCGGAAGAGGACCAGGAUCCCCGCAUCUCAUCCUAGCGAUGCGACAUUCCACGUUGGUCCCACGCAAUCAUUGACAAUUGACAAGAUGCGAAGCGAGGUGGGCGAAUGGCUACCCACGUGCGUAGGUUCACCGAUAUGUAUUCUGCUGUUGUCAUGGUCCCUAUUGAUCUACCAGAAUCAACCAUCAUCCGCGAAAAGAAGAAUCGAUGUGCUGACUGUCGCGAUUCUCUCUCAAAGUCUCGCGCAUCAAUUAGGGUUGCUUCUGUACGCGAUUCUCACCUUAAUUCAUCCAGCGAAUCACUUUGGAGAAUUAUGCUCGACAUUAGUAUGGGUGCUAAAUUCGUCGAGCAUCCUCCAGGAGCUGACCCUGACGUCGAUCGCCGUAUUCGCGGCGAUCAGCAGCCGCGACGACUCUAUCAAUCUCACCAAGAAUCAUCUCAAGUACCAUCUCGUUAGCCUGAGCGUUAUCAGCGCCUGCAUCGGCGUCACUGGCGUCCUCAACUUCGAGCCGGAAGUCUGUGUCUUCCUAGCCCACGAGAUCUCUUAUAAAUAUGGGAUCUUCGUCAAUUCACUAAGGAGUCUGCUGGUCUUCACGUCUUUCUUUGCUGUGCUGAUCGCACUCUUCAGGAACAUCUGCCGAUCGCCAACCUCCGAACUGCUCAAGUCAGUCUCGGACCUGUCCGAAGCGAGCUCGAAGAACUCCUCUGGCGCGUUCGAAUGUCAUCCGCAACAUUGGGACCCCUCGAGCGGCUCGUGUACCAGCGGCUCGACCAACAGCAGGGCCUGUUUAAGGAAGAAGAAGGUGCAAGUGGACGAGGCGAGCGGCAGAUCCACCGUCUACAGCAUACUCUUCGUCUGCUACGUCUUCGAGCAUUUACCCAUCCUGAUUAUCUCCAUCAGACCGAGUCUCUUGAAGAACUUUUGUACGCCCCAGAAUCUGACGACGUGGCUGCCGUUGAUGAAGGACACCUUGCUUCCAGUUUUCUUAGCUCUCUUCGACAAAAUGUUCUGCCGAUACGUGGCCAAGGUGUACACGAAACAGGAUCACGUGAGAAGACUAUCGCACGGCGGUGUAGACGGUAAAUUUCGACAUUUUGAGCAGGACACUGAAUACAAGUUGCAGUUGAAUCUGAAUCACGGGCUAAAGUUCCCCUUGACCAACGGAAGCCUCUAUGGACGGUUGCACAGCCAUCAGAAUAGAGGCAAAACCAGCACGAUGAACAUGGGAAUUCAGCAGCACUAUCCCAGGACGCAGCCCGCGAACGAGGACAGCAACUACGCGUCUUUGCCGGCGGAAUUGUCGUCCUUCACGAGUUCUACCUUUGAACCAUGUCAGGAUAAAAUUCCCGAGCCAGGUUCGUCGAAGAGGAACUCCAACGCGGAAUCGCAGCAACAGCACAGACGACCGAGACCGAACGAGAGUUUGCGCGAGUUCACCGGUAAUCGUAGAAAGAUCGGCAGCACCGACGUCUUUGGACAGAACAUGGAGAACCUAGUGCAGCUGGAAGACCCCACGAGCAACUGGAAGCAUCAAAUCACCAAGGAUGAGAUUCGCGAGGAGUCGUUCAGACGACACGCGAAGAGCGUCCUUGGUCUAGAGAGUCUGAUUGUCGGGCUGGAGAACGGCCUCCAGGAGCAUUAUCCUAGAAACCUUCUUCGCAGGAAUCAAAGCUUCGACCAUGCCAGAUAUCACCGACCUAUACUCGACACGAGGACUUACAAUCUAAAAAAGAGCGAUCAAGUGAGAGAGAAUCUUCAACAGAACCUCCUUCAAGGACGAGAUAGUCAGGGACAUUGCGAUGGAUACGACAGCUCCGACGACGAGAGUUGUGAUUUGGAGAACGGUGAUUUUGAUACCAUGAGCUCCUGUAGAAGCAGAAGCAGGAGCUGUUGUUCCGUUACCACAGUCGCCAAUGAUGAUUUCGAAUAUUUCCAACGUAAAGGAACUAAGGUGGAGCUACUGCCCUCGAAGCGUGCCAGCGGGGAAGUAAAGGUCAACAUGCGAUCUUUCACGCCACGUAUCAUAGAGAACGGCGUCGAGGAUCGGGAGGAGAGCAAGAAACGCGUCGGCAACGCGAGACUGGUCGAUAUCAAACCUAGCAUACAGUCCUAUCAACUGAAGACUAAGAGGAUCGGGCCCGGUUACUCGAUGAACGACCUGGAUAAACUGACCGCCAUCAAGAAAUUGCCGAAUCUUUCGAUGGAGAGCCUGAAGAGCAUCCUGAAGAACUCGGACGUGAGCUAUCUCGACAACGGCGACAUAUGCAAGCACGACAUCGGCGGCUCGGCCCCCGAUUUCAAGAAGAUUUUUGUCUCUGAAUUCAUAUGAGAUCCAUUGUAACGUAAAACGUUCAGAAAGACUGCAUCAUUUGUCUUUGUGAUAUAGCAGCGACAUGUUCGUAAAUUAUCGAAAAAAUCUCGCCCACUGCGACCGGUAAACGUUAUCGUCCUCAACAUUCGGAGCAGGAAGUACUCUCGUUAUGUAUGCGUGUGUGUGUGUGUGUGUGUGUGUGUGUGUGUAUGAGUAUGUGCGAAUUUAAAAGUGUCAUAAUGUAAUAGAAUUCUAAAAUUCUUGAAUUAAAACACACACAUUUAAAUUCCUAUCACGAUCUUAAUUCAUUAAUAUAAUAGAGAAAAUAAUCAAUAUUAAGAUAUGAAUAUUAAGAUGAAUAUUAAGAUUCUAGUCUACGGUAGAAAGUCAAAAAAUGUAUUUUUCAUUUUCUCAAAAAAUGAUCUGGAGAAUGUCAAAUUUUAUUUAAAAAUUAUGGAAUUAUAAGACUUUGAAGCCGUUCUUUAAAUAGAUCUGCGAAACUUUAAACGCGUUUUCUCAAAUUGUUUUUAAAUUUGAUGUGAUGGAUCGAAUAAUUUCAAU